AUGGAAGAAAUGAAAACAUCAAUUGGUCAGUUCAAGGUUCCAAAAAUAUGGACUAAAAAAAGAGAAGCACUGGAGCGGGAAUUUGCCUUACUGAGCAAGGAAGCACAGAAAUUUCAGGAGGAAUCAAUAAUUUUAAGGACUUUGAAGGAUGAGAAGGAGACCCUAGUUGGAUUUUUGCAGUCAGAAAUGAAAAGGCUUGUAAGUGAAGCAGAAUCAUUGAAGGAAAGGAACAUGCACAUGGAAAAUGAGCUGAAAGAAAUGCAAGAGAAAUAUUCAGAGAUAAGUCUAAAAUUUGCAGAGGUAGAAGGUGAAAGACAACAACUUGUCAUGACCCUGCGUAAUCUGAAAAAUG